CGCGGUUAUGGGCUCCUGGAUUUAAAAGUGGAGUCGCAAGAUUUUCUGUGAGUAAUGUUAGCCUGACUAGCCAGCUAACCUAAACAUUUAUAUCGUUUUCCUUAGUCAUGGUCUAUUCUCUUCAUAGCGACCGGUUUGUUAUACUCAGAAGAAGACUCAGUAAGUGUCUAAGAAACGGUUAAUACCAACAUGAACUGGGACACUCAGCUGAGUUCUAUCCUCUCAGUGGCUGAUGGCAGUGUUGCAAAGAUGAGGGAGAGACUGACAUCACCAGGGAAAUUUGCUAAAGGAGGAGAAGAUUUGUUUCCAGUCAGGGAGAGGAUUCAUGAUUCAGGUUUGGCCCCUCCUGCUCUUCCUCCUCGAUCCCCCCUCCACCGCCUGCCUUCCCCGUCUCAUGGUCCCACAGUUCAGUGGGCAGACCUCGCUGCGAUCCAGUCACAGCUCCGGAUACAGAGCCAGACAACUGAGUCUCUCACCCAGAGACUCCGUGACGUGGAAAGGGAGAGACAGUCUCAACAAUGUCACAUCCAGACACUACAAGAGGAGGUGCAGCGACUGCGAGAGGAGCUGAGGACUCAGGCCGAAUCGACGAGCGAACACAAUCCAGGAGCCGAGAGGAGGAUGGAGCAGUUGAGGAGGGAGGUGGGACGUGAGCUGAGCAGUCUGCGGGGACACAUCACCAAAGCCACGUCGCUAGGCAACCUGGAGGAGAGUUACAGCUCAAAGCUCCAUCGAGAUGAGCUGGAACACCUGCGGAGAGAGGUGGACCAACUGAAAACGCAGCUAAGGAGACAGGAGGGGGACGUGUUCCUCCAGCAGGCAGAGGCCAGAGAGACCAAGAGACAGUACGAACACAGCUGCAAGACGCUGGAGGAGCUGACAGACAGCUACAGAUCUCACAGCAGUGACCUGGCGAAGACUGUGUCUCAGUAUUCCCACACACAACAGGAAGUUCGACAGAUCAGAACAACGGUGUCAGAACUGAAGGAAGAGUUCAGGAAACUCGUCCUCAAUGAACGUCAAACAACACCUUGGCUGUCGCACUCACCGGGUGCUUCUCCUCUCCCGCUCCCUGGCAGCCAGGGUCGACGGGUCAGAGUCGAGGCGGACUCUGACUCAGAAAACUUCAGCCCGACGCCGAGCCUGGCCGAGAUCAGCUCAGAUGAUCUGUCAUGGCUCGAUGACAAAGACCCUGCACUUCAUCAGGAGCCGCGAGUGCGUCUGAGCGUCCAGUCCAGACGGAGCAACUUUGCGGGCCCUGGAUCAGAUCUCGAGGACGAUGAUGAUGAUGGCGAUGAUCUCCUUGACGAAGAUGUGAACCCAGAUUUAGAAUCAGACCUCAGUCUUGAUGACCUCUGACCUCUUUAUAAGGUGACUGUUUUGUAAUAUGACUUGGGAAGGAUUGAGCAACAUGUUUCUGGCUUCUCCAAUACACUACCUGAUAUGAAUUAUUUCCUUUACAUUGUUAUUAUCAGUAGAAUAAGGAGUUACAGCCCUAUUCUGAUACCCAAAACUCAAAAAUAGAAGUAGUAAGGGCAACAGAAACAUAUGGUUCAUUUCUUUGUGGUCUCAAGGGAAAGGAAACAAAGGACGGCAAACGGCAGACUGAGCAACAGAGGCACACACAAAUAAUAACAAGUAAUUAAGUCAUCCUACUUAAGUGUUAUUGUUCAAACACACAAUAUGUGAUUUUCUGCUGUUAGGGUUCUCUCAAUCCAAAUAAAGAACGAUCAUCAUAGGCGACCUUGCUUCUCAUAAUGAGGAUUACUUUCCAAAGCAGAUAGACCAGGUGAUGUGAACGUGUAAGAACACACAUCAGUUUCACUCUAAAAAUCAUUGAUGCUUUAAGGCAGACAAUAGACUUACAAGAGUGUAAUUAUUAUACAUUUAAUUGCGAUAAAUGUUUGAUUAGUUAAGUACUCGGAUAACUUAAGAACAAGAUGUCCAAUGACUGAAAGCAUUUAUUUGUUUAUAAAGUUGUUAUUCAUUCACGAUUCAAAUACUAUUUAUGACAGCUACAACGCUGAUUUUUGCACAAAAGCCGACACAGGUGACUUUAUUAGAUGCAGUUACCUUUAUUACAGUGUAAGAUUUCUCUUGUUAUUUUCCACAUUGUUGGAAACAUUUUGAAUGAUAUAGGUACACGACUAAACAUCAUAUAAAGAGGGCUUUUUAUCACAAAAAAAGUACAUUUUAUUCCUUCAACAGACCUGCCUAGAUAUAAGUGAUGCAUAGUUUAUUCCAUUGUGGAGCCUUUCUAUUAAUAAGAGGAAUUCUCUUGUGUUAAUUUAACAGUCAUUUGUGAGAAUACCAGAAGUAUUAGAAACUCAGGGUCACAAAAUUACCACAUUUUCCUUCUCAGAUUGAUUUUCAGUUGCUUUUCUGAUUUAUUCGGUAAACUGUCCUGUCCCAUGUGACACACCCAAACUGCUGCUACCACAGUUUGCUGAAACAAACCACCAAAAGCUUCAGGAUUGUUUGCCCACCUUCGGGUUAAGUUAGUUAAUCCCCUUUAAAUAAUCAGCAGUAACAGUCUCCACAUGCUCAGACUGGUUGGAUGCUGGGAACAGACUGAAGCGACGGGCAGCUGUUUGUGAUUCUUUUGUGAAAGCUUCUCAAUCAGAAACAGUUUUCAUGCUGGUGGAUAUCUUUGUGCCUAAACAGUCGCAUAUUUUUGUAUUCAGCUUUCCUUUAAAGUCUCCACUGUAAGCCUUGACUGAUUAAACCUUUUUCUGCACAGUUUUGAAAUCAGUCGUUCCCCUUAAGAUAUGAAGCUUUACAUUUUGCCACACCCGCUGCAACCACGCCGCGCGUCACUGGAGAUAAAUUAUGGGUCUUGCCAGAGUCAAGGAGAGAACUCAGCGCUGUAAUUGGUUGGCUAAACCACAAGGUUUGGUUUCAGGCAGAAUAUUUAAAAAUAGUUAUAUUCAGGGUUCUUCUGAUUACAGAUUGUUCGGGAUAGGCAUGGUUUUGGUGAAGUUUAGGUCUGCAGGACAUUCCUCUCUGACCACAGUGGGAUCCAUUAGAAAAAUCACUGCUUUUGAUUAGCAAUAUCAGAGACCACAGUAUACUAAUUCUUACUUGUAUUGGUAUUUUUUAAUCAAUCCUUUUGCUGUAUGAUAAAUACAUGUAACUUAUGAAAAUGCACUAUGACAGGCUUUGGUCACUACCUAAUGUAUCAAGACUCACAGUCUACUUUAAAGUACUUUUUGUUUUUGUACUAAAUGUAAGCUACACCCUUCAGUGUAGCAGAGUAAUGGAUUUUUAAUGGACUUUUUCUUCCUGACAUAAUGCACUCAGCAGUCCAGAAGAAAUUGGAUGAGGGGUGGGGUUUUGAUUCCUGGUAACGCAGGUGAAGUGAAGACAAAGAGGAAUUCAAAAUCUUUGAUCACUAACUGAUGUACAGUAAUGUAUCAAGACUCACAGUCUGCUUUAAAGUACUUUUUGUUUUUGUACUAAAUCUAAGCUACACCCUUCAGUGUAGCAGAGUAAUGGAUUUUUAAUGGGCUUUUUCUUCCUGACAUAAUGCACUCAGCAGUCCAGAAGAAAUCGGAUGAGGGGUGGGGUUUUGAUUCCUGGUAAUGCAGGUGAAGUGAAGACAAAGAUGAAUUCAAAAUCUAUAAACAUUACUGAAGCACCAACAUGUAUUUGUACAGCCUUGUUAGAACAGUCAAAAGUCCCUUUAUGUCCUACAUGAUUCACACUGUGCCAGGCUUGGUGUCAAACUGUUAAAUAUUUCAGCAUCCAGACACCCCCCAUCAAGAUCCCGGACCAUAGAACAGAGCUGUGGGGGGGCAAUAGGCAGGUUAGAUGUUCAGUGGGGUGUGGAUUUGGAGGCCUGGGACUGUGAAAGUGACUCUAGACACUAUCCAGUCGAUCUACCAGUCCGUCUCAUUAGUCAUCAUUAAGCAAUAAAAGAGCCUCUAGGAAACACAAACUGGCACAGAGCGGUACGUAACAGUAUUUAACAAUCCUUUUCUGAGACACUCUCCUUUUUAAGAUUGUGGUUAAAGAGACAGUUAAUGGAGAAAAGACUCAUUUAUUUGUUGUUGUGGCCAGAUAAUGGCUGAUGAAUCCGACCAUUCUACUGCAGUUUUAAUGCAUUUGCCAAGUAUUGUGUACUGGUGCUGCAGUAAAGCAGUGCCCUUAUUCAUUCAUUGAAUGUCUGUAUGGAAAUGUUUUGUGUUUUUGUCUCCAACAAUAAAAGUCUGUGUGAAAGUUG